AUGUUCGCCCUCCACGAGUCUGAGCUGCCUCUUUUGUCCUUUAAAUACUGUACCAGUGGCCUCAAUCUUCUUCCUCUCUUUGCUCAGAACCCCUCCAUCUUAUCGUCUAUCGCUACCAGCAUGGGCGGUGUCAACGGAAACUCUGCUCAAAGCAGUACUACCGUCCCGCAAGCGCUUGAGAUUGCAAGGGAUAGCGAGGAAGGAGCUCGAGACCCCACUGUUGUCAACGUGCUCGAGACUGCUCUGGCGUCUAUCUGGUCCAAGAUUGAGGCUCGUCCAUCAACCUACGUCAUGACCCGAGACGAGUUCGCCGUCUUCAAUUACUUUCAACAUCGCUUCGAAGGUCAACAGGUUGCUACCGACGCACGGAAGCGUUACUGGGACAAUUUGGAGGUUGCCAAUGGUGCUUAG